AUGGGCUCCAGACUUGAAUCAGGCUCCGGCGCCACACGCAAGAGGAUUGAGAACCGUCCAGAUGAAUUCACUGGGGAGGAUGGGGAAGAAUAUGAGGCCUCUGGCUUUGGCGGCUUUGGAGAUUACUUCCGUCGCAAGAAAAUCAAGCUACAAAACCUAGAUGCUGAAAUACGCGCUUCAUCUCCAAACAAUCCAUCGAUAUUCAAAGGGGUUGUGGCACAUGUUAACGGAUACACGCAGCCAUCGCUAAAUGAUCUUCAUCGCAUGAUAGUCAGCCAUGGUGGAGGAUUUCUCCAGUACCUUGACGGGAAAACAGCUGCCACUCAUAUUAUAGCCAGCGCAUUAACUCCCAAGAAGAGAGAGGAGUUUCGUCGAUAUCGUGUUGUUAAGCCGGCAUGGGUUGUUGAAAGUAUCCAGGCUGGCCGUAUGUUACCCUGGGAGACAUAUCGUUUGCUAGAUGAGGGUGCCUCGCAAAAGGUAUUGAAGCUUGAUACCAGCGGGAGGAUUUCUGCCCAGAAUAAUUCCCAGUCACAGAGCUACAAAAGUCAGACAGAUUCGUGCUGGUAUACCUCGCAGUUGAACAAGGAUCCGUCUGCUUCUGAUGCCCCAGAGAUAGGGGAAGCUUACCCCAACGCGGAUAUUGCAAAGGAACCUGAUUUGGAAGAAGAACAAGCUACUGACAUAAAAGAUACUUCUCUUGGGCAUGAUAAUGCUACUCCAACAACACCUGAAGACCUUGUAUCUUUAGGCUUCGAUGAUAAUUCGACUCCUGCUCAACCAGAACAGUUCUCCACGGAGCAAGGGAACAAGAACCCGAACAGUGACGCAAAGCAAUUGACCCCUGAGGAACAUAAUGCUCUACUACUUUCCAAAGCGCAUAUAAGACAAUCCAGUGUAGUCAACCCCGACUUCAUCCAACAGUACUACCGUGAAUCUCGCCUCCACCAUCUCUCAACUUGGAAGGCAGAGCUCAAAGCUCAGCUCCAAAGCAUUGCCCAAGAGCGAGGUAGCAUGAAGCCAACGCUAGUCAAACGGCCGCCUGGGACAAGACGCUAUAUUCUACAUGUCGAUUUUGAUAGCUUUUUUGCUGCGGUUUCUAUACAAAAACACCCCGAGCUUGCCGACAAACCAGUUGCUAUAGCCCAUGGCACUGGCCCCGGAUCGGAAAUCGCCAGCUGCAAUUACCCUGCACGCAAGUUUAAUGUUAGAAAUGGGAUGUGGAUGAAGGGUGCUCUAGAGCGAUGCCCAGAGCUUAAAGUACUGUCUUACGAUUUUCCAGCGUAUGAGGAAGCUAGUCGAAAAUUUUACGAAUCAAUUCUCGAUAUCGAUGGCGUUGUUCAAAGCGUUAGUAUUGAUGAGGCACUCAUCGAUAUUUCUACUUUAUGCAUCCAGGCAGGUGGCUCUGAUGGGAGAGCAAUGUCAGAGAGCUCAAUAUAUCAAGAACAAGAGAAGGCAGAUAUGAUUGCACGGAACCUGCGGGAUUCCAUCAAACAGAAAACCGGCUGCCACGUAUCCGUUGGUAUAGGCCAGAAUGUUUUACAGGCAAGGCUGGCAUUGAGAAAGGCAAAACCCGCAGGUCAAUUCCAGUUGAAGCCUGAUGAUAUGCUAGAUUUUAUCGGUGAAUUUACGGUCACAGAUCUCCCUGGCGUGGCCCAUAGUCUGGGAGCUAAACUUGGAGAACUCGGCAUCAAAUACGUCAAAGAUAUCCGCCAACUCAGCCGAGAGAAACUGACUGGGCAUUUAGGCCCAAAGACCGGGGCAAAGUUAUGGGAAUAUUCGAGGGGAAUCGACAACACUGUGGUUGGAGAACAAGCCAUAAGGAAAUCUGUCUCAGCAGAAAUAAACUGGGGGAUCCGAUUUAUCAACCAGACACAAGCGGAUGACUUUGUCCAUAGCUUGUGCGAGGAACUACAUCGCCGACUCUUGGAGAAUGGCGUUAAAGGCAAGCAGCUGACGAUGAGAAUAAUGCGACGGGCUGCUGAUUCCCCGGCUGAUCCACCUAAACAUCUCGGGCAUGGCAAAUGUGAUACUUUUAAUAAGAGUGUGGUUUUGCACACACCUACCAACGCAAGCGAUGUUAUUGGCAAAGAAGCUGUGUCUAUUCUCCGCAGUUUUAAUUUCUCCCCUGGGGAUCUACGAGGGCUAGGGGUUCAAAUGACGAAGCUUACACCGGUUAAGACUACCUCUAGUGGCGAACCUGCGAGCGGUCAGCAACAACUCCAGUUCAAAGCACCAAGCCCUAACCAGAGAAAGAUAGUUUCCCAAGAUCCAGAUGAAGUUCUUAGUCCUACAAAGGGGGAGAACGCAAGCCCACAUCUACCUUCGUCACUCACAGCUGGUCCGUCGCUCAAUGACGCAUCUCAGAAACCCCUGAAUAUAAGAGGAACCCAAUUUAUCUUACCAACGCAGGCAGAUCCUUCUAUCCUUGCAGAGCUGCCAGGUGAUGUUCAUUCUAAAUUAGUUCCAAAGGAGAGGCUAAGUAUCAGUGAGCAGCUGAGAGCGGCGGCUUCUUCCCAGCGUACCGCCGACACGCCAUACGCGUCGACUGCUCUGCCUCCGGAGUCACAGCUUGACCAGGACACGCUGAACGCCUUACCCGAAGAUGUAAGAGCUGAAGUGUUGGGUUACUACAAGCAGAACGCCAACACGCCGACAAUCUCCACUCCAGGCUCUCCUUCUCUACAGCAAUCCCCGCGUCAUAAAAAGCCUACGACGCCAACUAAACCACGGCCAGGGCGCGGACGCGGACGGCCACGGGCCACAGCCAGAUCGAAUACCGGGCCUACCCUCACUCAGUCAAACUUCAUCAUUCCUCAACCCACACUUAGGAGUGCUAACUCAGCAGAUAAUACUCCCGCACGGGAAUUCACAGAACCUGGUACUGAGAUCUCAGCGGAUUUUCUUGCCGCCCUGCCAGAGGACAUACGUCAAGAGAUUUUAGAAGAAAACCGACAGGCCCGGCUCCGAGAGCAAGGAGGCCUAAACCUGGCAGCAGUACAUGAGAGAAAUACUCGGAUGAGACAAAAUAAAGCCAACAAUAGUCCUGCCCCUGUAGAGCCCGAACAGAAACUCCUCCGCUUUGAUCCGCGUCCUGCAAAGCCCACUUUUACAUCAAAAAGACUCUCAUCUCUUCCGGAGCUUCGCGAGGCUCUGAGCGAGUGGCACUCCUCAUUUGAAGACGAAGAGCCGUACGAAGAGGAUGUAGAGGCUCUGACCAAAUACUUGAGACGUGUUGUCCUUGAGGAGAAGGAUAUCUCCAAAGCAACUGACCUGGCACGAUGGCUCAGCUGGCUAGUAAACAAUUCCAACAGUAGUUACGGUGGUAGUGGCGGAGCCACAGAACUCUUGCCAAAGCCCGGACUAUCGACAACUGGCUGGAAAAACGCCGUUAUCAAAGUCCAGAACUGCGUGAGUGGCGCCGUUGCAGAAAGAGGCCUGCCUCCGGUUGAUUUCAUGUGA